AUGAAGCCAAUUGUGCUUGACGGCCGCACUGGAGAAGGCGGCGGCCAGCUUGUCCGUCUAGCUGUGGCGCUGGCAGCAAUUACUUCGCAGCCGGUGAAAAUCACCAACGUGAGAGGCAAUCGGCCAAAAGGUGGAGGCCUCAAGAACCAGCACGUCGCAGCUAUUGAAUGGCUCGCCCAAGUCACCGAAGCCGACGUCGAAGGUCUCAGCGUCGGCUCCAAAACAGUGACCUUUACACCUAGGCGGCCCCCCUCUGAGCUAUUCCAGCGCAACAUAUCCAUCAGGACUGAAUCAGGCGCUGCGAGCACGAUGCUGGUCCUUCAGGCGAUGCUGCCGUUUCUGGUUUUCGCGAGCAACGAUUCAAACGAGCCUGUGGCUGUGGAGCUUUCGGGUGGUACGAAUGUAGCUUUUUCGCCGAGUUACGAGUAUUUCGAUCAAGUGCUGGCACCGACGCUGGAAGAGCGGUUUGGCGUGAGGAUCGAGCGGGAGCUGAAAAGUCGGGGUUGGAGUCUUGGAAAGCAGUCCUGGGGAUCCAUUUCGCUCAAGUUUUAUCCGAUAGCCAAGGGCGAGAAGCUCAAGUAUGUGCCUCCGCCGCAGUACAGCUUCCCUGAUUCAUUUGAGGUGAAGAGUAUCGAUGUCAGCAUCAUCACGCCAAUGCACUCGCACAACAAGCUUCAAGAGAGGAUAGCAGAAGACGCUGGAGUUCUCUGGCCCGGCGCCGACAUCAGCUUCAAAACAGUCGAGGAUUCGUGCGCCGAUAGCCGCUGGUCGGUGCUUCUGGUUGCUCAUUCGGCGGACGGCAUCCGCUGGGCAAGCGACAUUCUCACAUCCGCGCCAAAGAACACCAAGGGAUACGACCGCUUCAUAUCACUUCUAUCCAAGAAGCUGUGCAAAGGGUUAUAUGAGGAAAUCUCUCUCGGCGGAGUCGUGGAUGAGCAUCUCCAGGACCAGCUGAUCUGCUUCCAGGCGCUCUGCGACGGCCCAUCAUCCUUUCCUAGAGGAGACGAUCCCGCCACGGACGGUCCGCUCGGGCCGCUGAUUGAUGCCAUGGGGAACCUGCAGGUUGGAGACGGCAGGAUGAGGAGGGAGAAGACGCUGGAGCCGUUUGGCCAUGGCUCGCUGCACGCGAGGACGGCACGCUGGGUUGUUGGCGAGCUGCUCCCCGGCGUGGAGUUUUACAACAGGGGAGAUUUGGUCAAGGGGAUUGGCUUCUAG